AAAAUUAAUACAAUGAAAUUACUAUUGCUAACCGCACUCGUAUGCGGACAAGCAUUAUUGGCCGCGGCCAAGCCUAAGGUGAUCUGCUAUUGGCCCAAUUGGCGCCUGUAUGAAUCGGGGGACAAUAAGCAUACUCCUGAAAACAUUGACCCAACCCUUUGUACUCACCUUCACUACGCGUUUCACGUGAUGGACGAGCAAAACAACGUGUUAAAAGACAGUGACGGCCCGCAGCCCGACAUUUACCGUCGGCUACAGGAGCUCAAGAAGAAGAACCCGGAGCUGAAGAUUAUACCGUCGUUGGGCGGCGGCGGACAACCGGACGCCCCCUACUCUAGACUCGUGAAUGACGCGGGCCGUAGGGCUCAGUUCAUUAAAAACACUAUCGCUUAUAUCCAUAAGUAUAAGUGGGACGGACUGGACAUUGACUGGGAGUACCCGGUUUGUUGGGGCGGUGAUUGUAAUAAAGGCCCCAAGUCUGACAAGCCCAAUUUUGGCAAAUUGCUCACGGAAUUACGCGCAGCAUUUGAUAAGGAAACGCCCCGACUAUCCCUGUCCUGUGCCAUACAGGCUGAUGGAGAUGUGGCCGAUCAGGCCUACGACUAUCACGCUAUGGCCAGCGCUACCGAACGGUUCGUGUCAAAGGGUAUACCCAAAGAGAAGGUACUAAUGGGGGUCCCAUUCUAUGGACACGUAUUCAAACUGCAAGACCGAAACCAGCACUCGAUCGGCGCCCCCAUCACUGGUGAGGGCCGUACACCACAUGGCGAGGGCGAUAACGCACAUUAUAAGGAGAUGUGUGAUUUGAUCAAACAUCAGGGUUGGGCUAAGGAGGACCCGGAUCAGGGACACGACCCCAUCUCAUACCACGACCUAACGUGGGUGGGCUAUGACGACCCCUACGCCGCCUACGACAAGAGCAAAUGGGUUAAGGACAACGGUUAUGGUGGUAUAAUCGUAUGGGAAAUCACCCAGGAUGAUUUUCAUCCCAAAUCAUUGGACUACAUGAACGUGAUGACAUACGACUUGUACGGCCCCUGGAAUCGCAAGACUGGCCAUUACUCGCCGUAUCAAAAGUGCAUAGAUUAUAGCCAA